CGAUUUAUUCUUUUUAUUUUCGCUGUGAAUCCCUCGUCGCCGGCUCCUGAUCUUCAUCUUCUUCCUCCUCCUUUUUUUCCGGUCCCUGCUCGCCUCGCCCGUCCAACACUCCGUCACUCCCCGAAAAUCUAUAAAUAUUUUUAGUGGGCGAGAAAGAUAUGUGCAAAGGAGAGCGCUCGUUCGACGACGACCGGGGUCUCACCUUCCGCUGACCUCCUCCCGAUCCCCACCGCCCCCGACGGGUCUCCGCAUCCAAUCCUUCCCCGCUCUCGCUUCCCGGCAUUCUCCCCAAUUCCUCCGAAAACUCUUCCUCCUCUUCAUCAUCUUGUUCUUCUUGAAGCUUCUUGAUUCGGUCCCAGGACGAAGAAGAAGGAGGAUUCUCCUCCUUCUCACCGCAUUCUCCUCGUUAUCGUAACCCAAAAGAAGUAGAUAUUUCGGGUUCAUCAUCCCCAUCGUCACCCCCCCCCCCCCCCCCCCCCCCCCCCCUCGCGCGCGCGCACACAACAAAACCCCUAAAUUGGUCGUCGUCGUCGUCGUUUGUUUUGCCUCGAUCUCGAGGUCUCGUCCCCACCCAAAUUUGGUGACUCGGGGAUGGUGGCGGCGGCCAUCCGAUUCGGAUCGGCCUGAGGAGGAGGAUGUCGGGCGCGGGCCAGGCGGCGGUGGAGCAGCACGUCGGCUUCCCCCCGAAAUUGACCGCUGAGGGCGAGCAGCAGCAGCAGCAGCGGUCGGGCGGCGGGUGCAACCCGGUGCGGAAGCCUGGGCCCGUCUCCAUGGACCACGUUCUCCUCGCCCUGCGCGAGACCAAGGAGGAGCGGGAGGUCCGGAUCCGGAGCCUCUUCAACUUCUUCGACGCUUCCGGCCUCGGCCCCCUCGACUACGCCCAGAUCGAGGCCGGCUUGUCGGCGCUCCGCAUCCCCGCCGAGUACAAGUACGCCAGGGAUCUCCUCAAGGUCUGCGACGCCAACCGGGACGGUCGGGUCGACUACCAGGAGUUCCGCCGCUACAUGGACGACAAGGAGCUCGAGCUCUACCGCAUCUUCCAGGCCAUCGAUGUCGAGCACAGCGGAUGCAUUUUGCCCGAGGAGCUCUGGGACGCGCUCGUCAAGGCAGGAAUUGAAAUUGAUGAUGAGGAGCUUGCUCGUUUCGUAGAGCACGUGGAUAAGGAUAACAAUGGGAUUAUAACUUUUGAAGAAUGGAGAGAUUUCCUUCUACUUUAUCCCCAUGAAGCAACCAUUGAGAACAUUUAUCAGUACUGGGAGAGAGUAUGCCUUGUUGAUAUAGGUGAACAGGCUGUUAUUCCACAAGGUAUAAGUAAGCAUGUGAAUGCAAGCAAGUACUUGAUCGCAGGUGGCGUAGCUGGAGCAGCUUCUCGUACAGCUACUGCUCCUCUUGAUCGUCUUAAAGUGGUUCUGCAAGUGCAGACAACUCGUGCACACGUUAUUCCAGCAAUAAAGGACAUAUGGAGAGAGGGCCAUUUCUUGGGAUUUUUUAGGGGGAAUGGGCUAAAUGUGAUGAAGGUUGCACCUGAAAGUGCAAUAAGAUUUUACACAUAUGAGAUGCUAAAAGAUUUCAUUGUCAAAGCCAACGGAGAAGAUAAGAGUCAGAUCGGCGCUUCUGGGCGCCUUGUUUCUGGCGGUUUAGCGGGUGCUGUGGCACAGACUGUAAUUUAUCCCAUGGAUCUUGUGAAAACACGAUUACAGACUUAUGCAUGUGAAGGUGGAAAAGUUCCUAAUCUUGGUACACUGUCAAAAGAUAUAUGGUUGCAUGAAGGGCCUCGAGCUUUCUAUAGAGGGCUUGUUCCAUCUCUUCUUGGAAUUAUCCCAUAUGCAGGCAUAGAUCUUGCAGCAUAUGAAACCUUGAAAGAUAUCUCCAAAACGCAUAUUCUUAAAGAUAGCGAACCUGGCCCACUUGUGCAACUGGGUUGUGGUACUAUUUCAGGAGCUCUUGGAGCAACAUGUGUUUAUCCCUUGCAGGUUAUUAGAACAAGAAUGCAAGCCCAAUGCACCUAUUCAACCACUGCAUAUAAAGGAAUGUCUGAUGUGUUUUGGAGAACCCUUCAGCAUGAAGGUUUUUUAGGAUUCUAUAAAGGAAUUUUUCCAAAUCUGCUCAAAGUGGUUCCAUCUGCAAGUAUUACUUAUCUUGUUUACGAGACCAUGAAAAAAAGCCUUUCUCUUGAUUAAAGGACUUUAUAAUUUUGCCUGGUAGCCAUCGUAAUUGACAUGGCUGACUAUAGAGUUUAUGAUGAUGAUAACAAGGAUAAGGUUACUGAUUGAUCAGGCGAUACGAUUGUUUCAAUUAUAUGAUAGUAUUUUUCCUUCUGGAUAUGAAGUAAAAGUUGUUUUACCAACUCUUUUUGCAAUGCUAUUUGGAACCAAUAAAAAUGAGAUUCAUGAGGGUUAUCUUCAAGGCCUGACAUUGGACUUUGAGGUAAUAUUUCCAUUCUUCAAGUUUGCACUAUCUCCCAUAUAUUUGUAACUAUAUAUUUUCAUAAUUUUUUACCAUCUAGAAGUUCUAAGCGUGUCUAUAUCUUUGACCAGACACAUGAGGUUCUAUUUCUUUCUAGAAUCAUUGUUCUUUAGGUCAUGCCUUAUUUAUAAUGUGCAUCACAAUUAGAACUUUUGCAGAAGCAAAACAGUGAGGAGACAAAUAUCGCAGCUUUUGAAACAAUUCAAAUAUGUAACUUUGCUUUAUUAAUGAAAAAUAUAUAUUCAGGCCAUAGCUAUUCCUUAAUGUUGGUGUGUGCUUCAGAUUUUCCACUGUUCUUGUGCACAUUAAAUAGCUUUUGAGCACCACAAUAGUGUGAUUUCAUGCAUGUAAACAUGUGCGAUGAUAUGCCAUAUGCCGUGUCAAUGUGCGCUGAGGUUUUCUUUAGCUUUUCUUGCAAAUGUAUUAGAAGGUUUUGGGUUCAAUUUGAGACUCCCUUUUGGGCUAUUUGUUAAUACAAUUAUGGGUGUUGAUGUUGGACAGUAGUGCAUAGUGUGAAUUCCCUGCCUUCCAAAUUAUAAGAUACAAUCACUCUUUGCAUGUGUCCUUGCAUGUAGUUAUAGCAGAUCUUUAUUUUCUAUUAACAUCAAAAAGCCAAAAUUAUGUAUGCUGUCUGGAAAAUACAUAGGUUACACCAAAAGUUUUCAAAAAAAGACAGAAAACAUGUAUUCAAACCUCUCAUGUAUAUGGACCGGAAGAUGAAGACAUAUAUGUUACAUGACUGUGUCUCUGGAGUUCCCGGAGUUUCCUGUGUGAGCUUUAGUAAUGUAAUCUGUUAGAGCUGGGAACUAAGUUAGCAGAAUUCCAUUAAGUUUUGAGUUUUAUGAUUCUAAAUUUCUUCUCUAUAAACCCAGGAUUUUUGGUUUUGAAAAAGUUUGUUAAGACUUUAAAGUAAAAAAUUCCAGUAUAUGUGCCAAUGCAUGUCCAACACCAUGUAGCCAGGUAGAAUCCAGGCAGCAUAGCCUUUUGAUAUCUUCAUCACGGCCAUAUUGAUAUUCGUGAUUGGGCUUAUUAGGUGAAAAGAUUUAAUCAAUGGUUGCAAGACUGGAAGGCAAAACUUAAUAUUCUUGGGAAAAAGAUUUCUCUGUUAAAAUUUCUUGCAUACCUUUCAUGCUUCUAAUUGUUCUUUUAUUUUUUUUGGCUCUAAAUGUAUGGACAAUAUGAGCAUCUGGUCUUUGCCCUCAAUAGAAUCGUCAUUGUCAAUAGAUUUAGGAAAGUCAUAUCUAUAAGCUCCUUGGUGAUUGUUAAUGUAUUUCUUUUUGUGGAGUACCAGAGGUACUGGAAAUGAAGUUUCAAAAGUGACUUCAAUGCUUUCUGUUGCAAAGAAGAUGCUAUGAGGAUAGAGAUGGGGUGAACCAACACACUUGACCUGUAUUAUUCUAGAUGGGAGAGUAAGCUUGGAUGGAGGGCAAGCUCCUUAUACAUUUGUUCUGGAAUUUGUGAUUCCGUGAUAUGUAGAAGUGUGGGAACUUGGUGCCUCACUGUUUAUGGGAACCUUUGGGAUUAAGUGAUUAAGGAACUUGACUUCUUGUUCUCCUUGA